CUACUGUGCCUACGUGGUGCAGCGCAACGUGACGUGCACGCUGCAGGACGGGGCCGAGAGCUACGUCAAGGCUGAGUACCACAAGUGCAGCUGGGGACCCAAGUGCCCAGGGAAAGUGCUGGUGAAACCAGGGUGUUUUCUGAGAGCAGAUGGACCCACAGCUGAAUUUUCUGCAGAGCCUCAGGUGCUGCAUCCAUGGACAACAGGGAAACAUGGAUUUUCCACGUGCUGGGGCCAUCAGUGAAUGUUUGUGCAGCUGGCUGCAAAUACUUCCCCUUGCUGCUGUUUGGAGCAGGAGUGGAAAGAUUUGGAGGUGCCCAAGGCUUUGAGCUGCUCUGCAGAGGCUGGGAUGACACAGAGAAGGUGCUGGGAUGACACAGAGAAGGUGCUGUGCCUUGUGGAUGCCACUCUCCUCCUUUCUUCACCCCCUGACAGUGGCUGGAGCAGCAAUCUCCCAUGGUACAUCCAGGAAGGUUUCUGCACACUACAACAGAAGGAAAGAUCAUUGAAACUCAGCAGCAUCUGUGAAGAGGAGUAACGAGAAGAGCUUGUUUUGAAAGUGCCCCUUUGGGAAAUUGAUGUUGAGAAUUUUUUUGAAGAGAUUCAAAGAGCAGAGGCUUUGGGUUUGGUUUACCCUCCUGCCCUGUGUGUGUAUGUCUCUGGGAAUCGUGUGGAAGCAGCACUGCCAGGGGCUGCAGCCUGGGCUGGGGACACUGUGGAUUCAGACAAGGACGUGGAUGGCAGGGGAUCAGCCCCACGUGCUGCCCUGACUGAUGGAUUAGUGCCUUCUGCAGCCCCUCUGCAGCACGGGUGGCUGUGCUGCUCCUCCAAGACCUUCUGCUGAACAUGAAGAACAAGAGGCUGAUGGUGUGUGUUGUUGUAAAACAGCAAACUUCAGGAUUUUCAGGCCCUGGUAAAUUCAGAUUGGAUAUUUCCAGAAGGCAGGCUUAAAGCAUUGGUAUUUAGAGGUGGUGAGAAAAGUGCCAUGUUCAGCCCUGUACAGCUCAGCUGGUGGGGACACAGGUGCCAGCAGGGCCCUGCCCCAUCACUGCUGCCUCACAGGACAGCAGGGAGCAGCUGGAUCCUCCCCAUCCAGAGCGACAGCAGAGGGGGAAGCUGUGAGGUGGGCUUGCACCUUGUGUGCUGGGUAUGGGAGGAUCAAUGCUGUAGUACCCAAAUUCAUGAUGGAGACACUUCCCAGGGCAUCCCAGCAGGGUAAGGAGCCAUCCCUCUGUGCACAUCACAGUAUCACCCUGGAGACCCUCACCAGGCCAGCCCAACCCAAGCCCCUUUAGGCUUCCCAGCAAACUGAUGCCCUCCACACAGAGAGAAAACACCUUUCCAAAGGUAUUUCAACCCUCAUGGGGACUUCCAGACAGGAUUACAGUUGAGAAGAGGAUUUUUUUGAUCCCACUAGGAAAUUCUGUAGGUCAAUUCAAAGUGCAAACCACUUUUUACCAGCAGUCCAUUUCCCUCUUGGAAGUGAUGUGAGCUUGCAGGGCUUUUGAGAUCAGUUCCACCAUUUCAUCUUGUGCUCUGCUGGCCAGAAGUUGCCAGUGUGGCAUCUGUCACAGUGGUCACCUAUCAGGCCAGGGACUGCAGCAAGACACUUAGAGCUGCAGUUCUAAAUCAACCCAGUGUCCCAGGUUAAAAAAUACUUGACCAAACCCCCACCAUAAUGCUGCACUGAGCUAUGGUGCAGCAAGAGCUCUUGGAGAAGAGGGGCCAUGGUCUGCAGGUCCAGCACAAGGAUUUCAGCCAGGCUUCCCCCUGUGCCCAGAUCUCCCACAUCCAGAUCUGUGACCCUGCUCUGUUGCUUGAUAAGGUUGUUUCUCUAAACUGUCUUCUCUCUCUCUCUCCCUCCCCUCUCCUGGCAAGGUACCGCACCUUCUUCAGGCCCAAAUACAAGAUUGGAUACAAGACAGUGACCGAGCUGUCCUGGAGGUGCUGCCCAGGCUUCAUGGGAGAAGGGUGCCAUGACAGCCCGACAGACCAGCCUGGCCUUCUGCCCCAGCAUCCCAGCCCUAAAAUGCCCCCUGGGCAAAAGAUGUUUCCAAUGCCCAGACUUCCUCCCUAUCCCAAAAGCCACCCUGACCUUUUUCCAGGACCAAAGAAGAAUCAAUAUGGCAGGAAGCUGCCUGGCCUCUUCGGGGACCGCCUGGAUCGGCUGGAGGAGGAGGUGAGGCGCCUGUCCCAGUCCUACGACAGCCUGCACACCAUGGUGAGUGGGCUGGGGGACCGCCUGCGGUUGGCCAUCCAGGAGGACACCACCAAGAUGAUCGGCUCCCUGAUGAACAGCCCGGGCACGCCAGACUCAUCCGUGGGCUUCGGCAUCAUUCCCGACGGCCUGGUGGAUGUGGCAGACAAAGCUGACAUGGCCACCUACCCUCCCGUAGGGGACAUCCUGACCAAAGUGACCGAGGUGAGCGACGUGCUGAAAACCAAGGCAGAUCUGCUGCACGAGGUCCGGGGCAUGGUCCUGGACCACGACGGGCAGAUCAAGCACCUGCUGGAGUCCUCCCGGCCCUCGCCCCUCACCUCCAUCGACCUGCUGGAGGAGUAUGUGGACACCAGGCUGAGCAGCCUGCGUGGAGAGCUGCUGGAUGGCUUCGAGAAGAAGCUGGGCAAGAUCCAGACCACGUGUGAUUUCCGCAUCCAAGAGGUGCGGCAGCAGUGCGAGGAGGAGAAAGCCGCCAACCUGCGGCUGCAGCAGACGCUGGAUGGGAAGGAGCUGGAGAUCAAGAAAGAGAUCUCUCAGCUGGAGACCCAGAUCCAAGGGCUGACGGUGGUGGAAAGCUGCUGCAGCAACCUGGACUACCUCACGGAUCGCAUGAACAUCCUUGAGAAAGGCCUUCACAGCAUCUCUGAGUCCCAGAAGAACCUGCACUCACGCCUGGAUGGAGAAAUCUCCACUGCCACCCUAGGGAACCUCUUUGAAGGGCGCUUCGAGGACCUGGAAGCCAGGCUCAAUGACACAGAGAGGGAAAUGGGGAGCUGCUGCUCUGGUAUAGAGGACAGCAUGAAAGGCACAGUGGUGGCAGAGGUGGAUGGCAUGAGGACUGCUUUUGAAGACAAAAUGCAGACCCUGGAGGACAGGUUCAUGACCAUCGUGGGGGAGCUGAACAAUGUCAGUUCUCCCAUGGGCAUGGACGGAGCAGUGGUGCCUGUGCUGGAAGGGGAGCUUGCCAGCAUGAGGAAACGGACAGAUGAGACACUGGAGGCGUUGCAGAACCGCCUCAUCACCCUGGAGACCACCUGCUCCCUGGGCUGCACCUCUGCCUCCAAAGAUGUGGAGACCUUUCGGACGGAGAUCGAGGACUGCCAGAACAAGAACCAGGACCUGCUCCUCCGGAUGGACAGCAAUUACGACCUCCUGCGCAAGCUGAACGCCACCAUCCUGGAGAUCCAGCGGCGAAUCGAGGAGGAGGCAUCGGGGGCUUUGCAAGGGGAGAUCACCUUGCUGAAGAUCAACCUGAACACUGUGAGCAAGUCUCUGACAGGGCUCAAGGACUCCGUUUCCCAGUACUCAGACACCGUGACACAUGUCAACUCCUCACUAGAUGAGCAUGAGAGGAAGAUUGAGGAUGAGGUCCACUCCAUCCAGGAGAAAGUCAACGACCAAGGUUCCCAGCUUUUCUUCAGCAACCGCCGCGUCCUGAACCUCAAGGGAGACCUGGAGCGACUCAAAGCCAGGAUUGUCAGCGACCUGAGCUCCUGCAAGAGCGUGGCCCACAGCCUGCAGCAGGAGGUGUCUCGCUUCGACGAGCGGGUGGCGCGGGUGGAGAGCGCCUGCGGCAGGCUGGGGGCCAUCCCCAGCAGCCUGGAUGACAUCAGGGAGGAACUGGAGAAACACACGGGCAGUCUGUGGGACUACAUGGACCACAUGAACGGGACACUGGCUGCCCACUCUCAGGAAAUAACAGGACUGAAGGACAACUUGCUUGACUGCCAAGCCAAGGUCUCUGAGCUGGCAGAACAGGUCGGGCACUUGGAGGAGAAGGCAGAGAGAAGGCAGCACUAGCUACACUGCCAUGCCAUGUGUCUUCCUUCUCCUGCUGUGAAGGACAGGAUUAAAUUAUAUCACACAGACUCACUCCAAUGUGACAACAGUUCUUGGGAUAAUUUUUUUUAUGAAAAGCUGCUACAUUUUUUUUUCCCUUAAUCUUGUUGGUCCCACUUCUCCUUAACUCCACCGUGCUGGUGCUCCCCUCCUGAUGCUCAGCAACUGUCCUGACCCUGGCACAGCAGUGUCACUGCCUCCCGGCUGGGGGUGUUGCUUUGGCUCCUGGGCUGAUGACCCCAGAAGGACAAUUCAAGAGUAAGCUGGAGGCAGAAACAUUUCUUUUUCAUUUCAUUUUUGUGGAUUUAUCGUUUCUUGAAGAAUAAAACCCUGUAGUUAUCAGCUGAGGAAUAGUUUCUCUGACCUAAAGACCACCUGCAUCUUAAUCCAGAGACUGAGCAGAGCCAGGGCUCCUUGCAGGGAACAAAACUCACCACAGGAAUUGUGGAUUUCAAAGAACACACGUAUUCACACGUCCCUCCGGGAACUGGCUUCCCUUCCCCGAGAUGGCAGCCCUCCUUGUGUAUGGUAAAUCCAUUUAUAAUGCUCCCUCCUCCAUGCAGAUGCAUAUGCCUUAUGGAGCAUUAGGGUGUGCAUUAGGAAAACACAUAUGCAUAUAUAUAUAUAUAUGGUAUGUGUGUGUAUAAUUUUGAAUGAUUCUGUGUCAUGGUGCUCAUCUGAUUCCAGUUUCCUACUGCUGCCCCCAUGUCCUCUGCCAGAUUCCAAAGACCCAUACCGAGUAGCUAAAGUGGCAGCAGUGUUUGGAGAGAGCCCCAUGGUUCUGGGGUUGCUGUGCUUUGCAAUCCCACUUUGCUGGGCUCUCUGGCUACACCUGGGACUGACAUGAUGGUUAUGGAAAACACGUGUCUUCCCUGAGGAGAGAUGUGUCCAUAGGUCUCUGCAGAGACCAAGCUGGGCACAGAGCAGUCCUGUCCUCCAGCUCUGGCUCUCUCCUGUUUUAUUGCUUAAGCUGUGAACUCCAUCAUGUCAUCCCAGGCAGGAGAGUUCCAGCUGCUGCAGGGUGUGAGUGCAGCAGUGGACGAGCAGGAGCCUGUGUCCUCCUCAUGCUCUUCUGAUCCCAGUGAGAUGCCAGUAGCCCUGGGACCAACACCAAUGUGGAACCAGGCAAGCCAUCUGUGAGAACACCUCUGGAGGCCUGUUCUCAGCUCAGAAUGAAAAACCCACAUCAUUUGCCCAGUUUGACUCUGCUUUCCCACAAAUAGGCAGGCUGGAAAACAUUGUCCAUGUUCCUGAGCAGCUCCAGCCUUGUCCUACAGAGCUGUUGCACACAGAAUCCACCUCUCCCUAGGAGCCCACCAUGGGCACCCUCUGCUGAUCAGCCAGUGGGGACUUCAUUACCAGGCUGAGGAGGAAAUUAAAGAGCCUCCAUCCAAGUAACUCUGGCACUUUAUAGAAGAGGAACAUACUUUUGUCUCAGCAUUGUAGCUUAUGAACCUCCCAAACCAGCCAGGCUCUCACACAGUGCCUGUCACCCUCAGCAGGCUGUCCCUGCUCAUCACCAUCAUUCCCUCCUUGAUGCCCCCUGAUUGCAUGAAGGAGCAGCUCUGUGCUCUGACUAGCAGAGCUCCAAACCAGCAGCUGCUCCCAGCAGAGAUGCAUCUGGGCACCUUUUUCCCCCAGAAAAUCUGGGUGAGCUCCCUUAAGCAUGCUUCCAGUUUAGGGAGGACCACAAGGAUCACUGAGUCAAGUAGCCACACCAUAUUCCCUGAGGCAGUCAAAGCUCAGUCCCCUUCCAGAUGAGCAUGAGCUGUGGAAGCAUGGAGAGGACAAAUUGCUCCCUCACCACUUGCCCACCCCUGGCCAGGUGCUUGCAGCACCAGAAUUCA